CAUCAUUGGAAUCAAAAUGCAAAUUUCAACAGAAUGGAGUUAGUUGUUCUGGUAGUGCUAAACUUGGAAAAAUUGUAAAUUACUCAGCAAAUAUAACAUCAUAUUUUAUUGGAUGUACUAAAUAUCAGAAAAAUGAAAAAUGGCAUCGUUUUAUUAAAGUUAAUUUGGAUGAAAUUGACCUACCAUUAUUAAAAAAGUUAUUUAUGG